UCUUUUACAUUUAUGCGACGCGCACAACAGAGCAGCUAUGGCGAGCGGUAAAAGGAGUGCGCUACUUUCUUCUUUAGCAGCUUAUGGAGAGUCCGAACCCGACUCAGACUCGGACUCAGAUGGAUCAGAGAACCGGGUAGGAAGCCUGGUCUACGGCUACGGUGAGGAUGGAGAGGAGAUGAACAAGACCGAGGAAGCAGUGGACAAAGUUUCUCCCGAUGAAGACAGCGGAGGAAGCAACUCGGAGAUGGAAGAAUCUGACGAGGGGAGGGACGCGAAUGAUGUGGAGGUGACGGAAGCCGAAACCAGGGAUCCUAAUGAACUAGUUGCCCUGUUCUCAGAGAAGGUGAGGAACAUGUCUCCAGAUGAAAUCCACAUCCCUCCUCAGCCACCCGGACGCUGCUCCUCCCAACUCCAGGAAAAGAUCCACAAGCUGUAUGAGAGAAAGCUCCAUGGAAACUUCGACACAAACAGCCACAUUCAGAAGAAGAAAGAAUUCCGAAAUCCCAGCAUCUACGAAAAGCUCAUUCAAUUCUGCAGCAUAGACGAACUGGGAACCAACUACCCAAAAGACAUGUUCGAUCCGCACGGGUGGUCGGAAGAUUCCUUUUACGAAGCGCUAGCCAAAGCCCAGAAAGUGGAGAUGGACAAACUAGAAAAAGCUAAAAAGGAGCGUACCAAGAUCGAGUUUGUGACGGGGACAAAGAAAGGAACCAACGCCUCCAGUACCACGGCCCCCACCGCCAGCAGCACCAGCAGCACCACGGCUACAGAUGCGCAGAAGAGGAAAAGCAAAUGGGACUCUGCAAUACCCGUGACCCAGCCCACCAUCAUCACAACCUCUGCCACCCUUCCCGCUGUCGUCUCCGUGACAACCACCGCCAGCGGCACCAAAACUACCGUCAUCUCUGCCGUGGGCACCAUCGUCAAGAAGGCCAAGCAGUGAACAAAGCAGGGAGAGGGCCUUUCGAAUGGAAGAGACCUGCCUAUAGUUUAAUAUGGGACACACUCAAAUUUCGAAUUUCAGACAUUUCAUCUACAGACUUUUUUUGAAUUUUUCUACAACUUUGCAAGAACUUGGAAGUUUCAUCUAGAACUGGUUGUACCGAUUUCUUCACGGGCCCAUAUUAUGCUUUUCCUGGUCUAUGUUAUAAUGCCUCAUCACAAACAGACCUGGAGUUGUGUUUUGUUUCAUUCACACGUUUAACACACAAACCUUGCUUAUUUAGGCUGUGUUCUCAUCUUGAACUGAAAACACUGUCCUACUUUCUGAUGUCAUCUGGUGAUACAGGAAGUGUUCCACUGUGUUUUUAAACUCCAUAAAUCUUCACUGGAAUCAUAUGGAUGAUUUUAGCCCUGGAAUAGCCAAUCUCUUCUGAGCUAAAAUGUAGUUGUUAACUUGAAAGAGACCACUACAUGACAUCACAAGAUGGAACGGAGCAUUUUAAGAUUUGGAGAUGUAGACAGACUAAUAAAUCAGGAUUACUCAGACAUGUGUAAAUAAAACACAAUGAAUGUGAAUGAGCACAACUCCAGGCCUGUUUUUGAGGAGGUAACAACAUUCAAGACUUAAAGAGUGAGAGAGGUGAAUAUGACAAAUCUAGUAUUUACCAUAGAUUUUUUUGUAAAUGUUAUAGAAAGGGAAAGGUGUGAAAUAUUUUUUGUCAGCUGUUGCAGUCAAAAUGGUUAAACUUGUGCAUAAUUUUCAUCCCUCUAAUUUUACCGCAAUGAGUUUUUAUAUCUGUACAUAUGUAUUUCUCAAAAGGUGAAUAAACAAUUCUGAUGUUGCCUUUUCA